CCAGAGAGAGUGAGUGAGUGAGAGAGACAGAGACCCAGACAAAGCGCAAGGGCUGGCAAGAUGUCCGACAGCGCGGACCUGCAGUUUGUCAGCCCGUACGCCUUCGAGGCCAUGCAGAAGGUGGACGUGGCUCGGCUGGCUGCCCUCAGCGACCCCGAGCUGCGGCUGCUGCUGCCGUGUCUGGUGCGCAUGGCCCUGUGCGCUCCGGCCGAUCAGAGCAAGACCUGGGCCCAGGACAAGAAGCUCAUCCUCAGGCUGCUGUCGGGCGUGGAGGCCGUCAACUCCAUCGUGGCCCUGCUCUCGGUGGACUUCCACGCCUUGGAGCAGGACGCCAGGAAGGAACAACAACUCAGGCACAAGGCUGGAGGCUCCAACGGGGAGAGCAUGCUAGUGUCCCAGCUCCAGAGAGGCCUGACGCUGGAGUUCGAGCACAGCGAUCCCUUACACAGACUACGACUCGCCCUCAGCGAGCUACUCGCCAUCAUGAACAAGGUGGCUGACUCCAGCGGGGAGUUCUUUCUGAAGUCGUCAGAGUUGUUUGAGAGUCCUGUGUACCUAGACGAGCUGGCAGACGUUCUCUGCAUCCUUCAAGCAGAGCUGCCUUCCUUGUUGCCCAUCAUUGAGGUGGCAGAGGCUCUGCUUCACGUCAGGAAUGGAGAGUGGUUCCUCUGCCUGCUUGUUGCCAACGUCCCUGACAGCUUCAAUGAAGUGUGCCGGGGUCUGAUAAAGAGUGGAGAGCGACAGGACGAGGAGAGCGUUGGAGGGCGACGGCGGACUGAAGCUCUGAGGCAGCUCUGUCAGAUGAACCCCACGCAGGCCCUAAACAUACGCGCCAUGGUGGUGGAGGAGUGUCACCUGCCGGGUCUGGGCGUGGCGUUGACGCUGGACUACAAGCCGGACUCGGCUGACGAGGCGGUCAGCCCGCUGGUGUCCUUCGUCAGUGGCCUGCUGCUCGGCACAAACAGCAAAGUGCGCACCUGGUUCGGCCUCUUCAUACGAAACGGCCAACAGAGGAAGCGAGAGAGCAGUUCGGUGUUGUGGCAAAUGCGGCGUCAGCUUCUGCUGGAGCUGGUAGCCAUCUUGCCUCGAUCGCGCAGCUCCCACGCGCCCACCGACACGGACGACGACGAUGACAUCACUCUUGCCUCGGGAGGCAUCAGGGGCGGGUCGUCUGCCUACUCGGGUCUGAGGGCGGAACAUGUGGUGAAAGCCAGCGCCCUACUGAGGCUGUACUGCGCUCUCAUGGGCAUCGCAGGACUCAGGCCGACAGAUGAAGAGGCAGAGCAGCUUCUACAGCUGAUGACGAGUCGUCCCCCAGCCACCCCCGCCGGAGUCCGCUUCGUCUCCCUGGCCUUCUGUAAACUACUGGCUUUCCCCACCCUAGUCAGCACCCCUGAGCAGGAGCAGCUGAUGGUGAUGUGGCUGAGCUGGAUGAUCAAAGAGGAGGAGUACUUCGAGAG